AUGGGGAGCUCCUGCUCGUGCUCGCGCGACCACAGCCGCGUCUUAUCGUCCGUCACACCCCGUCACAAGUGCCAGCUGACUGAUCACUUGCGUCAUUGCAGCUCGUUGACCGACACGCACUCGUCCAUGUGCGUUCGGGUGCAGGUCCGACCGCAGGAUCGAUGUCAAUGUGUUGCGACAAUACCAUCGGCCCCAGCAGCCCCAGAGGAGCAGAGACCGAGUCCAGCCUGGACUCGAACCUUCGACGAAGAGCUGCCAAGUCCUUUUGUCCGGGACUACGCUGCAGUGUCGACUCAGAACUGUCAAUUCCGGAAGCAUAUGGAAGACGCGUGUGUUGCCAUCCUCAAGUUCAGAGCUUUUCCAGACGAUCCGGCCGUGAGCUCUUUCUUUGGUGUGUACGACGGUCACGGCGGAGACUUUUGUGCCAAGUACGCGGCGAAACACUUUCACUGGAAACUCGCAGAGCUCAUGCAGGUCAAGCACGACACAACGAAGGGCAGACGCCAAUCGCUUGAAGGCAAGAGUAACCGCAACCGGAGUGAUGAAACGACCUCUAGCUGCAGCGACAAAAGCUCUGACGUUAGCGUCGACGUCUUAAGAAACGAAGAGGUCGAGAGCUGCUACGUUGAGGCCUUCGCAGCCCUCGACGAGGAGCUGCAGGACUUUGACGAGUCGUCUGACAGCGGAUCGACCGCUGUCACGUGUCUCAUCCGUCGAUUCAAUGGCCGGACGACCUUUUACGUUGCAAAUGUUGGUGACUCCCGUGCCAUUUUCUGCUGCGACGGCCAGACGUUGCGGUUAUCGGUCGACCACAAGGCCACAAACCAAGAUGAGGUGGAGCGGAUACGUGCGCUCAAUGGCAUUAUCGUUAAUAAGCGUGUGGCCGGGUCCAUAUCAGUCACUCGGGCGCUCGGCCAGGCCGACGAGAAGAAGUUCAUUACGAGUGCACCGCACAUUGUGUCCUUAGAAAUCGCGUCCGAUGACGCGAUCCUUAUGCUAGUAAGCGACGGCAUUACGGACGUCUUUCGGGACGAGGAGCUGACGGAGUUUGUGGCCAAGCAUCUCGCUGAGGGCGAGAAGUCGGUCACGAUAGGCAACAAGUUGCUCGACGAAGCCAAAGCACAAGGAUCCACGGACAAUAUGACGGCAGUGAUCAUUUGUUUCGGGGAAAGGAGGUCGUGA